AUGCCAAUGUUCAGACCUAAGGCGAAUUUGCUUUCUUUCAAAACAGCAGCUUUCAUCCAAAAUAUUUACUUUUACUUAAAUUUUCUCGAAGCAGAUUUGCCACUCACUUCAAAGAUUUUAAGAACAAAAACGAUCUUGAAAAGGAAGUCUUUUAAAGUCCAACUUCACGCUUCACCGCAACCUACAAAAACAUUUUGUUGUGUUGAUGAUGAAAUAAAUAGAGUGAAAACAUAA